AUGAUCCUUUUGUCGUUCCUGGCAAUCCUGCUUUUGAAGGAAGAUGCUGGUAGGAAUGCUGGCUUUCUGGUUUCUGCACAGUCCAAUGAGAGGAGGGUGGUUGCUCAUAUGCCUGGUGAUAUCAUCAUUGGGGCUUUAUUUUCAGUGCACCACCAACCUACUGUGGACAAGGUCCAUGAGAGGAAAUGUGGAGAGGUUAGGGAACAAUAUGGCAUUCAGAGAGUGGAGGCCAUGCUCCACACACUGGAGAGGAUUAAUUCAGACCCAACACUGUUGCCUAACAUUACAUUAGGCUGUGAAAUAAGGGAUUCUUGCUGGCAUUCUGCUGUGGCCCUGGAGCAGAGCAUAGAGUUCAUAAGGGACUCCCUCAUUUCUUCAGAAGAGGAAGAGGGCUUGGUGCGCUGUGUUGAUGGCUCCUCCACCCCAUUCCGCUCGAAAAAACCCAUAGUUGGGGUGAUUGGCCCUGGCUCCAGCUCUGUGGCGAUCCAGGUCCAGAACUUGCUCCAGCUUUUCAAUAUACCUCAGAUAGCAUACUCAGCCACAAGCAUGGACUUAAGUGACAAAACAUUGUUCAAGUAUUUCAUGAGGGUAGUGCCAUCAGAUGCCCAACAGGCUCGGGCCAUGGUGGACAUCGUCAAAAGAUACAACUGGACCUAUGUUUCUGCUGUGCACACAGAAGGUAACUAUGGAGAAAGUGGGAUGGAAGCAUUCAAAGACAUGUCAGCCAAGGAAGGAAUCUGCAUUGCUCAUUCCUACAAGAUCUAUAGCAAUGCUGGGGAACAAAGUUUUGACAAACUCCUGAAGAAGCUUAUCAGCCACCUGCCAAAGGCAAGAGUGGUGGCCUGCUUUUGUGAGGGGAUGACAGUGAGAGGUUUGCUGAUGGCCAUGAGGCGCCAAGGGCUGGCUGGAGAAUUUCUGCUUCUAGGAAGUGAUGGCUGGGCUGACAGGUAUGAUGUGACAGAGGGAUACCAACGUGAAGCUGUUGGUGGAAUCACAAUCAAGCUCCAGUCUCCCGACGUAAAGUGGUUUGAUGAUUAUUACCUGAAACUCCGACCAGAAACCAACCUGCGAAACCCUUGGUUCCAAGAAUUCUGGCAACAUCGCUUCCAGUGCCGGCUGAAAGGAUUUUCACAGGAGAACAGCAAAUACAAUACCACUUGCAACAGUUCCCUGACUCUGACUACACAGUAUGUCCAAGAUUCCAAAAUGGGGUUUGUAAUCAAUGCGAUAUAUUCCAUGGCAUAUGGUCUUCACAACAUGCAGACAGCACUUUGCCCAGGGUAUGCUGGGCUCUGCGAUGCCAUGAAACCAAUUGAUGGACGAAAACUUCUCGAUUCUCUGAUGAAAACAAAUUUCACUGGUGUUUCUGGAGAUACAAUCCUCUUCGAUGAGAAUGGAGACUCUCCAGGAAGGUAUGAAAUCAUGAAUUUCAAGGAAAUGGGAAAUAACUAUUUCGAUUACAUCAAUGUGGGCAGCUGGGACAAUGGUGAAUUGAAAAUGGAUGAUGAUGAAGUGUGGCCCAAGAAGAGUGCCAUCAUUAGAUCGGUGUGCAGUGACCCAUGUGAGAAAGGCCAGAUCAAGGUGAUCCGAAAGGGAGAAGUCAGCUGCUGUUGGACCUGUACUCCAUGCAAAGAGAAUGAGUUUGUUUUUGACGAAUACACAUGCAAGGCAUGCCAACUUGGCUCCUGGCCCACUGAAGAUCUUACAGGUUGCGACCUGAUCCCAGUGCAGUACCUGAGAUGGGGUGAUCCAGAACCAAUUGCGGCUGUGGUGUUUUCCUGCCUGGGCCUGCUGGCAACCCUGUUUGUCACAGCAAUCUUCAUCAUGUACCGGGACACUCCAGUUGUCAAAUCUUCUAGCCGGGAACUCUGCUAUAUUAUUCUGGCGGGCAUCUGCUUGGGUUACUUGUGUACUUUCUGUCUCAUCGCAAAGCCUAAGCAGAUUUAUUGCUACCUUCAGAGAAUAGGCAUUGGCCUCUCUCCAGCCAUGAGCUACUCUGCAUUGGUCACCAAAACCAAUCGCAUCGCCAGAAUUCUGGCUGGCAGCAAGAAAAAGAUCUGCACCAAGAAGCCAAGGUUCAUGAGUGCCUGUGCUCAGCUAGUCAUUGCAUUCAUCCUAAUUUGCAUCCAGCUUGGCAUAAUUGUUGCCCUUUUCAUAAUGGAGCCUCCUGACAUAAUGCAUGACUACCCAAGUAUUCGGGAAGUCUACUUGAUCUGCAACACCACCAACCUGGGCGUCGUAACUCCCCUUGGUUAUAAUGGAUUAUUAAUUUUAAGCUGUACCUUUUAUGCAUUCAAGACCAGAAACGUUCCAGCUAAUUUCAAUGAGGCCAAGUACAUUGCUUUCACAAUGUACACCACUUGCAUCAUAUGGCUGGCCUUUGUGCCCAUCUAUUUUGGAAGCAACUACAAAAUCAUCACCAUGUGUUUCUCAGUCAGCCUCAGUGCCACUGUAGCCCUGGGCUGCAUGUUUGUGCCGAAGGUGUACAUCAUUCUGGCCAAGCCAGAGAGAAACGUGAGAAGCGCCUUCACAACCUCUACGGUGGUACGGAUGCACGUAGGAGAUGGGAAGUCGUCCUCAGCUGCCAGCCGGUCAAGCAGCCUGGUCAACCUGUGGAAAAGAAGGGGCUCAUCCGGAGAGACCCUAAGGUACAAAGGCAGGAGACUGGCCCAGAACAAGUCGGAAAUAGAGUGUUUCACUCCCAAAGAGAGUAUGGGGAAUGGUGGGCGAGCAACCAUAAGCAGCUCUAAUGGUAAGUCGGUCACGUGGGCUCAGAAUGAGAAGAGCAGCCGUGGGCAGCACCUCUGGCAGAGACUGUCAGUCCACAUCAACAAAAAAGAGAACCCCAACCAAACAGCUGUCAUUAAGCCCUUCUCCAAGAGCACCGACAGCAGAUUUGGCAGUACCACGUUCCCAGAAUCUAGCACCAAGAUGCUGUAUGAUGUUUCAGAAGUAGAAGAACACUACCCCACCCAGUAUAGGCCACAGACUCCUUCUCCUGUCAGCACAGUGAGCCAGCCAGCAGGGUCCGUGGGCCGCACGGAUGACGACAUCCCAUCCUUGCACUCAGAGCACGCCCAGAGGAGCAGCUCCUCCCAGGGUUCCCUGAUGGAGCAGAUCAGCAGCGUGGUGACCCGCUUCACGGCCAACAUCAGUGAAUUGAACUCCAUGAUGUUGUCAACAGCGUCCCCAGGCACCAUGGUGGCCGCCCCUCUUUGCUCUUCCUACCUGAUCCCUAAAGAGAUGCAGCUUCCUACAACCAUGACCACUUUUGCUGAAAUACAGCCUCUCCCUUCCAUUGAGGUAAAUGGUGGGGCACAGCCAACCAGUAAAACCCCUCCAGGAGGAGGUGCUGGAAAAGAGAAUGCACCUGAGACAUCAGCUGUAGUCAAGCAAGAUCUGGAGGAGUUGGUGGCUUUAACUCCUCCUUCCCCUUUUAGAGACUCCGUGGAUUCAGGGAGCACUUCUCCUAACUCUCCAGUGUCUGAGUCAGCCCUCUGUAUCCCAUCAUCUCCAAAAUAUGACACACUUAUCAUAAGAGAUUACACUCAGAGCUCUUCUUCUUUGUGA